AUGGACAAGAGAUUGCAAGGCAGCGACGGCUACCUGAAGCAUGGAGGGGAGAGGAGUCGGUGGCUGAAAGCCGAGUCGAGGCAAGAAGGUCGAAUGUUGCUUGCAGCUCUCCUCGAAGAAGACAAUGGCUCAGUUCCGAGUCCCCUGAAAUUCCUCGCCCUUGCAGCAAUGGGCGUCUCGUCAUCGAGCUUCUUCCGCCCUCCAGUAUGCUCACCAGCUCAGUACCUGCAUGUGAACACUAUCAAGGUGCACGCAGGGCGGUGGUACUACAAGGGCGGGGAUCCCCCUGUGCGCAUCUGCAAACCGGCCGCCCCCGAGAAGCGGCCGAGCAGAGCAUCAGCACUGGCGAGUACCGACCCUCACUACGGCGGCAGACCAGGGCGAGGCAGGGAAAUGAAUGCGCCGUCGGUCAACAGGCCGGACUCUCAGAUGCCGCACCGUAUCAUCCCGUGGCACCGCGUACAUACCAUCGGCCGCGGCCCGGGGGGUUCCAUCGUCAGCGCUGCCCCGUCUAUGAUGUUGAGUCGAGGUGUCUGGAACCGGCCGAUUCCCAUUCCCCAUCGCUCCAUGACAUCAGGCCAGACCAGAUCCGCUCAAAUCAGGUCACCAGCGGCCGGUGUCGGGGCGUGA